ACAUAUAACUUCAUUAUAAUUCUGUGACUUGGCGAGAAAGAGGAUUUCAAUGGCAGAUUUCUGGGGAAAAUGGGCAACAAAAACAGCCCAAUAUCUCAUCUCUGCAACGAAUCUCUCAGUUUUCUUAUUUUUUGAUCUUCUGGACUUCAUAAUGUGCAUUUUCUUCAGAUUUGUAGAUCAAAUUCUUGAGGGAAAACCAACCCCUUGUUACUGUCGAAGUCAAAAUAGAACAAAAGACUGUGAAGACAGAAGAAACGCCAGGAUUUCAGAUACUCUAUUUGGGAGGAAAAAUGGUUUUAGGGAAUUGGGGUUUCUUGGAAUUACGUCUUGGAAAGUUGCUGACGAUUCCAAGGAAAUUGGAAGUGAGGAUUCGAGGAAAACUAGGUGGUCUGAUUGUGGUUGUGAAUCCUGUGUUUCUUGGCUGAAUAACGAGGGUGAUCAAAAGCUUCAUGUUGUUGUUCAGGAGCCAUCAUCAAAAGGAAAUCAAGAUAUCAGUACGACACCGACAGAAAAUGUGAUCUUUCUACACGGGUUUCUCUCGUCUUCUUUUCUUUGGACCGAAACAGUGUUUCCUCAAUUGGCUGGUAGUAAAUACAGACUUUUUGCCGUAGACUUGUUGGGAUUCGGAAGUAGUCCAAAGCCAAGAGACUGUCUCUACACUAUGAACGAUCAUUUGGAAAUGGUCGAAACAUCAGUCAUCCGUGAAUUCAACUUGACUUCGUUCCAUUUGGUUGCACACUCCAUGGGUUGCAUGAUUGCUCUGGCAUUAGCAGCAAAACAUCCCAACAAUCUCAAAUCCAUCACUCUAACUGCACCACCUUACUUUUUGUCGUCUGAAGAGGAGGAUGCUGGUUCAAUAGCAUUGAAAAGACUCGCGUACAAGCGUUUAUGGCCGCCAUUAUUGUUCGGUGCAGCCUUCAUGACAUGGUAUGAGCAUUUGGGUAGAUGUGUAUGCUUCUUUUUGUGCCGGAACCACAGGACAUGGGAACGGAUUCUGAAACUCGUUACUCGCAAAAGGAAAUUGCAUUUCCUAGUGAUCGACUUGACGAGGCACACUCAUCAUUCGGCUUGGCACACAAUGCACAAUGUGAUAUGCGGUGGAGCCAAGAUGAUGGACCCAUGUCUCGAAAUCUUGAGACGAGCUGGAGCACGAGUGAUCGUGGUCCAGGGGUCUCGAGACCAAGUGGUGCCAGUCGAAUGCAGCCAUAACAUUAAGGUUAUGGUUCCUGAUGCAGAGGUUAAGAUCAUAACAGGUGUAGAUCAUAGUACAGUGAUAAUAGGAAGAGAAAAAGAGUUUGCUACAGAUUUACAACUUAUAUGGGCUUCUGUAACUAAUGCAAAAGGGUAAUAAUAUGUAAGCUUUAGGGGUCGUUUACUAAUACACUUACUUGGUAAGUGUUUACCGGAUAAAUUUUCUUAUCGAAUGAACAUGAGAAGGGCCAAGAAUCUUACCGGGUAAGAGCAAUGAAAAUGAUAGAGAGUCUUACUCAGUAAGUAAGGAUCGCGACUCUUACCAGGUAAGCACUUACCCAAAAACUUGUUACAUUCGAUUUGUUUUGAUGUACUAAAAUCUUACGUAUCAAAAUAGAUUAUAAUGUUGAAUCCUAUCAGCAAGCACUUACAGGGUAAACGUUUAGGUAAACGGCC